UUUUCGUUGUAAUUUUUAUUUUUAACAAAGAUUUUUUAGUGUAUAAUGAGUGGUAAUGUUGUUUUCCGGAUACCGAUCGAACGAAAAUAUGAAAACUCAUCACUGGGGUGUUCGGAUUCUUGGUGACCAAGCUCAACACUUGGUGAUUUUGAGUAGCUGUGCUUAUUGUACGUCAUGGAAGACUGGAUGGCAGCGUUAAAAGUUACAGCCAGCAGAGAUAUUUUAAAUCAGCCGAUUGGUGUGGAUUUAAAUGACUUUCUAUCUGGAAAUCACUCGUGGCAUACUACAUCUCACGCACGUCCAACAUAUUGCAAUAUCUGCCGGGAACAGCUAUCGGGUGUUACAUCUCAUGGAUAUAGUUGUGAGGUAUGUAAGUGUAAAGUACAUAAGAGAUGUGUGGAAAAGGCGAUCAGCAAUUGCAAGUGGACUACAUUGGCUAGCAUUGGAAAAGACAUAAUUGAAGAUAAACAAGGGAAUAUUUUAAUGACACACCAAUGGAUGGAAGGAAAUUUACCUGUUUCUUCCAAAUGCGCUGUCUGUGAUAAAACAUGUGGAUCAGUCCUAAGGCUACAAGACUGGAGAUGUUUAUGGUGCAGAGCAACAGUACACACUGCAUGCCGCCCUAAGCAUACAAUAAAGUGUCCAUUGGGACCUAAUAGAUUAAGUGUUGUGCCACCCACAGCUAUACAUUCUGUUGCUAGUGAUGAUUCCUUAGAAGCAAUUCAACCCCAUGGAUGUUCCCCAUUAUUAGUAUUUGUCAAUUCUAAGUCUGGUGACAAUCAAGGUAUUAAAUUUCUCAGACGAUUCAAACAAAUAUUGAAUCCAGCACAAGUAUUUGACCUAAUUGGUAACGGCCCUGGUCCUGGGCUAAGAUUAUUUAGACAUUUCAAUCCGUUCAGAGUAUUAGUAUGUAGUGGUGAUGGUUCUGUUGGUUGGGUGCUAUCUGAAAUUGAUAGGCUUAAUAUGCAGGUACAGUGUCAUGUUGGUGUACUACCUUUAGGCACUGGUAAUGACUUAGCAAGAGUAUUAGGCUGGGGUGCAUCUUGUGAUGAUGAUGCCCAUUUGCCACAAAUAAUGGAUAAAUACGAACGAGCCAGUACCAAGAUACUUGACAGUUAUGUUAUUUUAAUUUUGGUAAUUAAUCUAUUUGAUAAGAAAACUUAUAAAAAUUUGGAUCAAAGAGUACAACUGGAAUGUGAUGGACAAAGAAUUCCACUUCCUUCGUUGCAAGGAAUUGUAAUACUUAAUAUUCCAAGUUUCAUGGGUGGUACUAAUUUUUGGGGUGGUACUAAAGAAGACAGAGUCUUUUUAGCUCCAAGUAUUGAUGAUAGGAUAUUAGAAGUGGUCGCUGUGUUUGGAACUAUCCAAAUGGCUGCAUCACGUUUAAUAAACUUACAACAUCAUCGCAUUGCUCAAUGUACUACUGUUCAAAUAAAUAUUAUGGGUGAUGAAGGGGUACCAAUACAAGUAGAUGGUGAGGCAUGGGUACAGCCUCCUGGAAUGAUUCGUAUAAUUCACAAAAACAGAAUGAAAAUGUUAUGCAGAAAUAAGGCACUUGAACUGUCACUAAAAUCAUGGGAAGAAAAACAGAAACAAAUUAAACACCAGAGUAAACGCACCCAUAGCCAAUCGCUAUGUAGAUUUACUCCUUUAAGUCAAGAUGAAUGGGCUAUUCUCAAGGAAUUUUUGGAGGCYACAAAUAACUUAAUUGACUUGAUCAGAGAAAUAUUACUGAAACAAAAACUAUUUAAAGGAGAUGAUUUGAAAAAAUUAACUGAUUCUACUAAUGAUAAUGUAAAAAAAAUCAGCAUUAUUAAACAGGAAAUUAAGGAAAAGGAAUUACGAUCAGUUGCAACUGACAUUGUGUUAAGCACAAAGCGUUUACAUGAAGAAACACUAACUAUGAUAAGAAAUGCAGGAAAUGUUUUUGAUGGAGAAUUUGUAGUUAAACUUUCAUUGGCAUUCAGCAAACUUGAAAUUGAAUUUAAAAAAUGUCUCAUAUCAUCUAAAGACUCUGAAAGAGAUAACGACUCGUCAUCAUGUUAUGUUUAUUUUCUCAACAAUGCUUGUGAAAUGGACAAAUUGUGUCGUAAAGGGCAAUUUUGGCAAAAGUUAUGGAAAGGUAAUGUUAUAUCUUCUAAACGCCUUGGUCAAGAUAUAUCAAACUGGAGCACAGUGGAGGUAGGGAUUUGGCUUGAGUCAGUUCAGUUGGGAGAGUACACAGAAGUAUUUGCCAACAAUGAUAUUCGUGGCAAAGAGUUAUUGAACUUAUCGCGAYGUGAUUUAAAAGAAAUUGGUAUAACCAAGGUAGGGCACCUUAAACGCAUACUUAUGGCUGUCAAAGAAUUAAGCACAGUCCAUGAAGAUCAUUAAAACUAAUUGAGGUGAAGUAUUCAAUAUUUUGGCUAUAAUAUCACGUUGACCGCCACGGUUUUUUUUUUCUUGUAACUCAUAACCGCCAUGAGAUUUUAUUUGAGAUCUCAAAACAAUUACUAGUACURAAUAUCGAGACUCCAUAUGAGAUCUCACCGAAAUCGAUUUUUGGUGAGAUCUCAUACAGAGUCUCAAUAUUCGGUACUUUUUGUCGGAUUUGAAAAGUACAGUGUUGCCAC